UUCAUCCCGUGACUUACACCAAACCUACAAUUUCCUUCUGCUCCAUCUUUCCACUGGUUGUUCUACAUAGCUCUCCAGGACAUUGGGUCAUGUAUAGCUCUAUCAAGACUGAGAGUCUAUCGUGAAAAUUGCAAGUCAUUUCAGACUGGACUGGUCCGCUAUCCUGAUGCUCCUGCUCCGAUGUCUGGCUCAGCAAAUAUUGAUAUCAGUUGUGUUGUGAAUGCAGUGGUCUCUGGAAGCUCAAGAGUCACAUGUGGCAGUGAUGGAACAUGGGGUCGGGGUCCUGAGACCCCUGUGUGUCAGUGUAAAUGCGGCUAUGAAACAAAUAGGGAGGCUACAAGGUGCCAUGCCUGUCCAGCUGAUCACUGGUCAGCCGGUACAGUGUGCCUGCAGUGUCCUGCCAAUACUACAACAACCCAGGGAGCUGCUUGUUCCUGUCCCUGUAAAGUUGGCUACUUCAGAAACAAUGAAACUUCACCAGAAAAGAGAAAAUAUGAAAACCCUGUUGAUGAAGAUUUCACCUACGGAUGCACAAAACCGCCUAGUGCUCCAAGUGAUGUUACUGUCACAACUAACACGAGUAUACACUGUCGAAUGGUCAGCACCACAGACCUUGGUGGGAGGACAGCAGAUCUCUACUAUCAGGUGGAAAUCAAGUGACCCAGACAACCUGGGGUCAUACAUUGGGACCGUGUAUGUCCCUGGGUUCACGGAAAUGCGCAUUUUCACUGGCCUCAGACCAUGUACAGACUACUGUGUUAGAGUGACGGCUGAGAAUGGAGUCAGCGACCAGACCCCACUAGUAAGACAGCAGGACUAGAGACACAAUGCAUCAGAACAAGGAAGGAUGGUUUGGACCUGUCAAAGACCUUCAGUGUUUUGAGCAGGUGGUAGUGUGGGAGCGGCCGGAGACGCCAAGCGAUUGUGAGCUGGACAAGUAUCAGUGAUCGUCAGGAAGAACGACUGGAAUGAAAGAUUUGAUAGGAGCAGUCCUCUCCGUAUUGGAAAUACCCCAGAGUUACGUGGAGUAUCUGGUACCACCCUGUUUAUGGAGGUGGUGGCGGUUAAUGAAGCUGGUCCCGUAGAUGAGUAUCUGUAAAAUUAGAGCAGGACAUGAUGAAACGGCGAAACUCAGUGUACAAUUUUCGGCUGUAAUGAGUGUCCAGAGCAUACGAUGACAACGGAGCUUGUCCGCUAUCCAAAGACUACAGUUGGUGAAGGAGGAGAAUGUGUCAAUGUGACUGCAGCCUGUGUGGAGAACGCGGUACCACUCAGCCCCAGUCUGGAGGUGACAUGCUGCUCUGGAGGUGUCUGGCUGGUUAAUAAGGAGCUUCGGUGCAAAUGUAUUGACAACUACAAACCCACUGAUGCUGGGACUUGCAUAGGUAAGUCACUUUCUACCUAGUAGUGUAAAUAUAAUUAUAUAUUCAAGAAAAGGUUACUUAUUCAACUGGUGCCUACCUCAGUCACUGAUCAACUGGUGCCUACCCCAGUCACUGGUCAACUGGUGCCUACCCCAGUUCCUGGAG